AUGUAAAACAAAAAUUUGUCAGAACUACAACUUUGUCAAUAAUAAAAAUAAUAAUUUUAAAAAUCAAUCAAUUGUUUAUUGAUUGAAACAAGUAAAUUUAAAUUAUUAGCGUGUAAUUAACAAUGACACUGAAGUUAGUCGAGGUCUGAUAAUUUUUGAAUUUUUUCAUAAAAUAAAUAUUUUAAAAAUUGUACCUAUAGAUUUUAUAAUUUUUUCCUUGUGCAUAUUUUGAGUUUUGUUUCUUUUUGUAAUUUAUUUGUUGAAAAAAAAACUAAUAAUAAAAUUAAAUAAAAAUGUUUUUAAAUAAAGCGGUGACUAAAUUGCAUGGAUCUGCAGUAAAUUCAUUGCAAAUAUUUAAGCGACUUGCAACGUACCACCCAGAUUAUUACAAGAGUCCAGAAGCAAUUCAACGAGAGCAAGAGGAGGCUGAUGAACCAAGACCCCGACGUAAAUUAAAAAAGUGGCGAAGAAUGCCGGGUGAAUUACCUGUUGAUGAAUCAUUUCUGGGUAUGUUUAAUAAUCAAGCAGACAGAGAUGAUGCUGGAGGUUUUAUUUUCCGAGGAAAAAGUCUCAAGUUUACAGACUUGAUGUACUCAUUUAAAUUACGUCGACACGAGUACUUGCAGUUUGAUCAAAAGUAUCUUAUUGAGCGUAAUCAAGUAUUGGGUAAUGACUUAGCCGCAGUACACUUCGUUGUUUAUAGAAAAGGGAAAUUCCGUAAAAAAGGUGAAACUGAGAUGUGGGAUAUCAGCAACCUGGAUGUGAUACCAAAUACUUAUCAACCUGAUUGGUAUGUUGAUGAAAUUGAUGUCAGUAACACUGAUAUUGUUUAUGAAGGUAUUGAAAAUUUCAAACAUCUGAAAUGGCUCAAAAAACUAACAUUUAAAAAUUGUAAACACUUUGAUGACUGGUGCCUAGACAGAGUUGUUGGUUUGUGUCCAACUAUUGAGUACUUGGAUAUUUCCGAGUGUGAAAAAGUAACAGAGCGCGGUCUAGAAGCUCUUUACAGAGCAUGGAAUUUAAAAGAUUUAAUUGUCACGGAUCAUUAUCACAACCCGGCAUUUGAAUUGACUUGUAUGAUGAUUGAAGACUGCCUACCUGAUUUGAAAAUUCAUAUAAAGAAAGCGCCCAAGAAAGAACCUGAGCAAGAUCUAAGUCAUAAAGAUAAAGAAGAGCAAGAAGAAGUACAGGAAAAAGAAGCUCUUCAAAAUAAAAAUUAAUUUAGAUUUAUUUAACACAAUAAGUUAAAGUUAUAGAUCUAUGUAUACAUAUAUAUUAAGUAUUAUAAAUACAAUGGAAAUGUUAAUUUAA